AUGGUAACAAAAGAUGUGAAAAUAGGAUACGACGACCUUGUUGUCGCCGUUCACGAUCGCCAACAAAGUUUAAUCAAAGCCGUUGAGUUGGCUGAAAGUUUCGCAGCGGAGAUCAUUCCUCUUGAUUCUUGGCUCACCCAGGCUGAAAAGCGCCUCAGCGCACUGGGAAAAAUACCAACAGAUGUGGAAAUAAUGGAGAAGAAACUUGUGGAACAACUUGAUCUUGAAGAGGAGGUUUAUCAAAGAGGCGAAGAUGUCAAUAGGACUUUGGCUAUCGUGCCCACAUUGAGCGCAUUGGUGAGCGUCGAGGAUGCAAAAAGUCUUGAAGCACAUGCGAAUCAACUUGCUAGUCGUUAUGAGUCGAUUUCUCAUCGUAUACGAUUCACCAAAGAUCUUCUAAACGAGAUGUCUGCCACCGUAAAGGAUUUGUUUGCGGAUAUCAGUAACCUUGAAGUAUGGUUAUCCGAUAUGGAGAAAAAAAUGAAGGAGAUCAGCGAAAUUGCCAUCGCACCUGAUGAUUUGAAUGAGCAGAGCAAUAUCGUGGAGGAUCUUGUAACGGCUAUAACAGAAAGAGAUGAACAAAUUUCGACUGUGAUAGAAGUGGGAAGACAACUGUACAGGCAAGCUGGUGGUGAAGAGGCUCUAUUUCUACAGCAUCGUAUUGAACAAAUUAAACGAAGGUAUGGAGACAUCGCUGUUGUAGCUGACGAAAAAUUGGUGUUGCUAGCUAAGGCAAUUCCUUUAUCGGAACGAUUUCACGAUGGAUUUGAUGCCGUUAUGGAAUGGAUCGAAGCUGUUGAAGAAGACUUGGUCCAGAUUGAUGGCACGGAUUUUGACACUCAAACUCAAUUACUGUUCUCUAUGGAGGAAGGAGUAAGUCGUUGGCGUCCAGAAGUCGAUGAUUUAGUCGCGGUUUCAUCUCAGCUACAGGCACUCAGUAGUCCGGAUCAAGCAGAGGAGAUAUUUCAAAGUACGGUCGAGAUGAUGCGACGUGUGAAUCAAAUAGCUGACAAGGUAUCUCUGUAUUUCAUUUUUUUUACUGUUGGUUGUUGGUUUUCUAACGCUUUUUCAUCGCUCAAGGCGAAUUCCUAG